GCGUGGCACUUAUAUCUGAAAAUCCACAAUACUGAACAUGAGGUUUUCUUUGUCUGUUCUGUUUUUGCUGUUCCUCUCAGCUAGUACCGUGUUAAGCCUUAAGGCUAGACUAGAGACUUGUGGUGGAUGACGUUUGAAUUCGCUUCCAAAGGUGAAGCGUUUCAUCAACGAACAUCUUCCAGAGUAUCCUGAUGUUGAGAUAAAGUAUAUAGGGGGUAAGGAUCCUGAGUUGCUGUUUUUGGGUGAAGAUGGUCAAAGUGUGGAGGAGCGUGUCAGUGUCAUUAACAUGUCUGAGGAUGAGAUUAAUGCACUCCUUGAGUCUAAAGGUAUUCUAAAGCACAACGCUACACCUGAAGGAGAGGCAGACAAUGGUGCUGAUGAACCUCAUCAAGAUUUAUGAAUAAAUGCUUCAUAGUUUUGCAGACUAAUAGUUACUUAAUUCUAACCUCUCAUUUGUACAUGCAUAACUGAACUGCUUAACUCUGUCAGUUUGUGGUUGUUGCCUAUAUAUGUAUAAUGAUGUGACCAGCAUAAAGAGUGUUUCUGUUGGUUGCUGAUGUUUUAUUACAUGAUAAGGUAGCAGUGCAGGCUUUUGGUGUAAUCAGAUCAGAAAAUUUAAUAGUCAAAACAAAAUAUUUUAAAUUUCAA